UUUAAUUUUGGCCACCAAUUCUUGGUUUACGCUGCUUGGAGGAAGGCCAAGUAGCCCAGUACCAAGCAAGCAAUAAUUAAAUUGCUAUGUGCAUCCUGGGAAUUGAAAGACCAAGUCCAAGAUGUUAACUCGAGCAAAACCAGACACGCACUUGCUGCUAAACCAUGAUUUUCAUGCACAAAAUCCAUUGGAAGAAGACAGGGAGGAUAAUUUAGCACACAUGAGCUAAAUAAUAAACAACAAGAAAUGACUGGGAAGUCUAGAGACACAUUCUCCAUAUUGCUUAAACCCUAGCUGCUAUUUUCCAUGACAAAUAUACAAUCAAAAAAUUAACAAGAUAUUGAAGCUUUACUACUUGAUGCUGAGUCCUGUAGUGAGAGAGGAGAAGUGAAGCAAAAGUAAUGGCGGGUGGAGCAGGAUAUGGUGAACGUUCUUUAAAGGAGACUCCCACUUGGGCUGUUGCUCUUGUUUGUGCUGUGUUUGUUAUCAUCUCUGUCAUUAUUGAGCAUGGUAUCCAUUCCCUUAGUCAGUGGUUUCAAAAGCGCCAAAAGAAAGCCAUGUCUGAGGCGCUAGAGAAGAUUAAAUCUGAACUGAUGCUGCUAGGCUUCAUAUCUCUACUUAUAACAGUAGGUACAAAACCUAUUUCUAAGAUAUGCAUUCCUGAGAAAGCUGCCAACAUCAUGCUUCCAUGCAAAGAUGGAGCCAAGUAUGAUUAUGAAAAAGAUAAUUAUGGUAAAGACAAUGAUAGAAGAAAAUUAUUAUGGUACGAUGGAGAUGCUAUGUGGCGCCGAGUUCUGGCUCCAGCAUCUGGAGAUGAUUAUUGUUCCAAACAUGGAAAAGUAGCAUUGAUUUCACAAUCUGGGGUCAACCAAUUACAUAUCUUCAUAUUUGUGCUUGCAGUGUUUCAUGUACUCUAUAGUGUUGUCACCAUUGCUCUGGCAAAGGCUAAGAUGAAGAAGUGGAAAAAGUGGGAAGCGGAGACAACUUCAUUGGAAUAUGAAUUUAAUAAUGAUCCUUCCAGGUUUAGGUUUACAAGACAGACAUCUUUUGUUAUGAGGCAUACAGGCUUCUCCGCAAGACCAGGUCUUAGGUGGAUUGUGGCAUUUUUCAGGCAGUUCUUUGCUUCUGUAACAAAGGUUGAUUAUUUGACAAUGCGUCAUGGAUUCAUUAAUGCUCAUUUUGCUCCAAACAGCAAAUUCAACUUCCAUAAGUACAUCAAGAGAUCAAUGGAAGAUGAUUUCAAGGUGGUCGUCGGCAUUAGCAUACCACUGUGGACAUGCUCCAUUGUAUUUCAGCUUUUAAAUGUUUAUGGACUGUAUACACUUCUGUGGAUACAAUUCAUACCACUAGUAAUGGUUCUUAUUGUUGGAGCAAAGCUGGAAAUUAUUAUAAUGGAAAUGGCUCAGCAUAUCCAAGAUAAAACUAGUGUGGUGAAAGGAGUCCCUGUGGUGGAACCUAGUAACAAGUACUUCUGGUUCAAUCACCCUAACAUUAUUCUUUUCUUGAUACAUUUCACCUUGUUCCAGAAUUCAUUCCAGAUGGCUUACUUCUUGUGGAUAUGGUAUGAGUUCGGAUUGAAAUCAUGCUUCCAUGAAAACUUGCCAGAAAUUUUGACAAGAGUCAUUCUAGGUGUAGCCCUUCAAUUCUUAUGCAGCUAUAUCACCUUCCCUCUCUAUGCCCUAGUCACUCAGAUGGGAUCUCACAUGAAGAAGGCAAUCUUUGAAGAGCAAACAGCAAAAGCUUUGAAAAAAUGGCAGAAGGCAGCAAGGGAGAGAAACAAGCUGAGGAAGACUACUGCAACAGCAGAAGCUUCAACUGGGUUUAGGAGUCCAGAUCAGAUAAGUACCCCAAGCAGAGGCACUUCACCAAUGCAUUUGCUUCACAAGUACAAAAUCAACAACUCUGUAGACCUGGAAAGUGUUCUGACUUCUCCUAGAGCUUCUAACUAUUCUGAAACAGAAUUGUCAGAGACUGAAGGUCCUUCUCCAUCCUCCACCUCCAGGGAUGGCCAUGAACCCAGAAGAGAAAACCCUCCCAAAGAAAUUUUAGCGAUUCAUAGUGAUGAUUUCUCUUUCGCUAAUCUCUGAAAUUCAUACCAUAUAUAAUAAAACUUAAAUUGCAAUCAAAAGUUUAAUUAAUUCCAAUUUGUUUUAUAUACAAACAAUAAACUAAAUAAUGCAGAGGGGCCAACUAAUACCAGAGUCAACAAGUUGUCGGUUUUUAAUUAUCCCUAGUAGACAAAUUUAUUGAAGACGUAGCAGCUUCUGAAAUUUGAUUCAAAGGAUGAAAAUGAAAUUCAUGAAUAGAAAAUUAUAUGUUCAGCUUUCACAAACCAUAUGACUGACAAGAAACAUGCAUGUUCUCAAAGUUUU